AUGACGAAUCCAUUACCGAAGACUGGAAUAAAAAAAGAACGAACGCUAGCUGGAUAUAUAUCAAAUGUAUUAAUGAAAGAACUUGCAGAUGCAAAAAAGCGUGAGAGAGUUACUGACUCAUUUGUCAACUAUCUUUUAGGAAUUCUAGAAUUUAAUGACUAUCCGUUUUCCCUGAAACUGAAGGCAGAUUAUAAUUUCAGGGUACAUAAUAAAGCUGUGAAUUCGGAAACUGACUUUUCUAUAUGGAAGGAUCAUCAUCUAUUUGUGAUAAUUGAUGAAGACAAGCACAUACUGUACAUAACGUUUACAGAAAUACUCGGUGGGGGCGAAUACCAAAUAGCUGGUGAAUUGUUAGCUGCGGCAUGUGCUACAAUUGACUUUGAUUAUCUCGAUAGUUUUUCUGAGGGAUUUCCGACUGAUGAAAUGAAUAUAUUCGGGUAUCCAACGUGA